GUCUCUCUUGAAACCAUGGCCGGGAUGUUCAAAAGAAAGCUUAGCGGCAAUGGCGACUCUUUCUCUCUCCCUGGCACACCCGCAGGUCCGCGCCCUCUGGCGACAAGCAGGGCGGCCGCAGCGGUCGCGUGGCUCGUCCAGCCGCCGGUUCAGGCACGCACACGCCGCCGGGAGGGUGCAGGCCAGCUACAGGGGUCUUGAGCCGCUGUACGAUGAUGGGUACGGGACGGUCAAGGACCUGGGCCACUACUAUCGGGCGAUCGGGGAGCUGGUGGAGCACGACGGCGGGCCGCCCCGCUGGCUUUGCCCCGUCGACGCCGGCGAACCGGCGGUCGAGGAUGCCCCGGUCAUGCUGUAUUUGCCAGGGAUAGAUGGAAUGGGGAUGGGGCUCUGCAUGCACCACAAGGCUCUUGGAACGAUAUUUGAACUUAGAUGCAUGCACAUUCCUCUUCGCGACCGCACGCCGUUCGAAGAACUUGUCACAAUGGUAGAAGAUGUUGUGAGAGCAGAGCAUUCCGCUUCUCCUACUAAGCCCAUCUACAUAUUGGGGAAUUCAUUUGGAGGAUGCAUAGCUCUUGCAGUCGCCGCUCGCAAUCCUGGCACUGAUUUGGUACUGGUACUAGUUAAUCCAGCUACAUCAUUUGAGAGAUCACGCAUAAAAACACUUCUGUCGGUUUUCAGCCCGUUGUCGGACCGCGCCUGUAUUGCAGCUGCAGCUCUACUGAAUUACAACAUCCACAAUGAGGUGAACAUGGCACUGAGUAUGAUGAAAAGUGGGAGGCAUCCUUUUGAAGCACUCAGCAGAUUGACAAGUAACAUGUCAUCUUCCCUGAAGCAUUCGAAAAUGCUGGACAAACUACCAAAAGACACACUAAAAUGGAAGAUUAAACUGAUCAAACAGGCUGCAUCAUACGCUAAUAGCCAUAUACAAUCAGUUACAGCCGAGGUGCUACUGCUAACCAGCUGCGCCGAUAGGUUACUUCCGAGCAAAUCUGAAGCUAACAGGCUACAGAAGAAGUUACCCAAAUGCAGAGUCUUCUUCUUUGAGAAGCAUGGCCACAGCUUGCUGCUGGAGCAUGGUGUCCAUGUCUCAUCCAUCAUCAAGUGCUCUUCCCUCUACCGCCACUCGAGGCGCUACCACCGGGUUCACGACUACAUACCGCCGUCGGCAACCGACAUGAAGGAGGCCGACAAGAUCAGCAGGGGCACGAUGCUCAAGACGUGCCCGGCGAUGUACUCGACGAUGGAGGACGGCGCGGUGGUCCGGGGCCUGGCGGGGCUGCCGGAGGAGGGGCCGGUGCUGCUGGUGGGCAACCACAUGCUGAUGGGCACGGAGAUCAUCCCGCUCGGCGCGGAGCUGAUGCGGCGGAGGAAGGUGGUCGUCCGCGGCGUCGCCCACCCGCUGCUGUUCCCGAGGAAGGCGAGGACGCGGUCGCAGGGGCACGACCUCUUCGACUUCCUCAACCUGUGGGGCGGCGUGCCCAUGACCUACAGGUGCAUGUACGAGCUGCUGGCCGCCGGCGAGUUCGUGCUGCUCUACCCUGGUGGCUAUAGGGAGGCGCUCCACUGCAAGGGCGAAGAGCACAGGCUUUUUUGGCCUGACCAGGCCGAGUUCGUCAGGAUGGCGGCGCAGUUCGACGCCACAAUUGUGCCAUUUGGAGUCGUUGGAGAGGAUGACCUCGUGAACCUGCUCUGGACAUUCGACGAUAUCAGGAGCGUACCCUUCGGCAGGAAGCUGCUGCGGGGCUACAGCAACCAUCUGAAGCUAAGGUUUAUAACCAGCCAGGAACAUUCGUUCUCUUCUCUCCAUGAACUGAGGCUAAGGUUGGUUGGUUUCUGCUGCAGGGACACUCAGGAGGUGAUCUUCCCCGGCGCAGUCCCAAAGAUCCCCGGCCGGUUCUACUACCGGUUCGGGAAGCCGAUCCCGACGAGGGGGCGGCAGGACGUGCUCACCGACCGGCGGGCCGCGACCGAGCUCUACUUCGAUGUUAAAUCGGAGGUGGAAGAAAUCAUCGCCUACCUGCUGGAGAAGAGGGAGGAGGACAGGUACAGGAGCAUCCUGCCCAGGCUCCUCCACAGAGCUGUGAGGGGGUCCAAAACUGAAGUCCCGGCCUUCAACCCUUAACAUACAUAGCACUAGCAAUGUUCAUACUAUCCCAGAAUCCAGAUCUUCAUGAAGAAACUGGCUACAAAACACAAGUAUGUUUGGUACUGAUAUAUCAUCUAUGUACACCGUGUCACUCUGAUACAUUUGCAAGCUAGUGGUACUGUUCUUUUUUCGUGUA